AUGGAAUGGUCUCUGUGCAGCAAAGACAUACCGCCAAGUUCACCCCAAGGCCAACCUGAUCAUCUUAGACUCCCAGCCUACGGUCGGAGGCGUAUGGCAGAGCAUCGUCUCUACCCGGGCCUCAAGACCAACAAUAUGCGUGGCAACUACGAAUAUGGUGAUUUCAGCUUUGACGACGCUGGCCUCGAUGUCAAGCAGGGCGCGCAUAUCCUAGGCCAUGAAGUACAUCAGUAUCUACGCAAGUACGCCGAAAAUUUCGACAUCUAUGAUCAAAUCCGAUUCGAAGUUGAGGUCAUCACCGCUGAGCAUUUAUCCGAAGGUCGCGGUUGGCUGCUCAGCACGCGUACAGUUGGCGGUCAUGAUCCAGAGAAGCAGGUCCUGGCGCGAAAGCUGAUCGUCGCAACUGGUUUGACGUCAGAUGCCUUCGUUCCCGAUCUCGCUGGCAGUCAGACACGAGGAGCUCCAUCAAUCAUCCACGUCAAAGACUUUCAGGCGCACUCCAGAGAGCUUUUCAACAGAACCAAGCGGGCUAGCGUGCUAGGAGGCACCAAAUCGGCCUGGGACGUAUGCUACGCCUUCGCAUCCUCAGGUACCCCAGUCGACUGGGUCAUCCGUAAAUCUGGCCACGGACCCGUCUGGAUGUCGCCAGCCUUUGCCAACAAGAAGAAGGGCGUGUUGAUGGAGCACCUCGUACAUACGCGUCUUUCCAGCUUUUUCAGUCCUUGCGUCUGGGGCGAGGAAGACAGCUACUCAUGGAUUCGCAGAUUCUUGCACAACACGCGCCUCGGGCGAUGGUGCGUGCGAAGAUUCUGGCAGUACAGGCAGAGCAGUCUGGUACGCACUAACGCGUACGAUGAACACGAAGAGGUUGGCAAGCUCAAGCCUUGGGUGGAUAUGUUCUGGAUCGCGGGAUCCUUGAGUAUUCUUAACUAUCAGACCAACUUCUUCGACCUUGUCCGGGACGGCAUGAUCAGAGUCCACAUUGCAGACAUCUCAGCUCUCGAGGAGAAUCGAAUCCGCCUCUCAAAUGGAACAGUCGUGCCAUCAGAUACCCUGAUCUGCUCGACUGGCUGGCGCCACCGUCCAGCAAUACAAUUCUUGCCAGAUGGCAUCGACUCUGUGAUCGGCAUUCCUCACGCAGGCCUCAACGCCGACACCAGCCUUGUAACAAGAGCAGAUGCCGAGCUGAUGAAGAGGUUUCCAGCCCUCAGGAACCAGCCGCGCCUCAACCCGCACUAUGCACCGAUGGAGGGCGCCAGACCCAGCGAGUCGCUAGCAGAGCCCUACCGCCUAUAUCGCUUCGUGAUCCCACCCGCACUCUACAAUGAGCGAACUCUUGCAUUCGCUGGGAUUGUCCAGUCCAUAAGCACAGUCUACAUUGCCAUGGCACAAGGCCUAUGGAUCACGGCGUACUUCGACGGGCAUGACUCAACAGCGCUCGCAAAGUGCAAAGAUGAGAAAGAGCGGGAGGAGAAGAUCACCUGGCAAACGAUGCUGCACACUCAGUACGGAAAGUGGAGGUGCCCAGGUGGGUAUGGGUCUCGCUUUCCAGAUUUUGUAUAUGAUGGCAUGCCAUAUCUAGAUCUGUUGCUUCGAGAUUUGGGCUUAAAGAAUAAGCGAAAGGGCGGGGCUUGGAGUGAGCUGUCGAAGCCGUACUUGACAUCGGAUUAUGCCGCGAUUGUCGAUGAGUGGAAGGCGAAGGCCGCGAGGGGAUAUAAGACGUUCUAG